AUGGCCAUUAUCGACGGGAUUGAAGUUUUUGUCAAGCUCUCUAGCCCCCAGCGGAUCCUGCUAGAGUACCUCCUCCCAAACCCUAUUUACCCACCACUCCCCUGGGCUGUUGACAGCCAGACAAUAUGCCAGUACAUAAAUGGGGUUGAAGGACAGCUCUUUGAGAUCUUUAUCCGCAUGAUUGAGGAGGAGACCAAGGCUGGAGGCGCUGAUGGAAUUCACAUUUCACUCAAGGUCGGUGAAGGAGACAUUAUCAACCAUUACUACUCUAUCAAGUUCACAGAAUUUGAGAGAGAUGAUCAGAACCGUCUCUGUGUCACUAUCCGCAGUGCCAUCCAGCGCACCGAGAGCGGCCAUAAGAAUGUGCUCUUUGCGUUUGGCACGACCGAUACUGAGAGAAAAGGACCAACACCUCUGACUGCACUCGACCUCGACCUUGCUGAUAUCACGCAACCCUUAGACGGGCUUAUCGAUGUUACUCUCGUCAAAGUCACUCAUCACCGCACACCCCGCCGUUAUGCUACUGUGACUUCAGAUCCGGCUACUUUUCAGUCACAAUAUUUGAUCUCCGGACUUGCUCCCUUCGCCAUGGUCCCUAUUGCUGUCGAGCUCGUUGCAGCCCCCGUGGUAGAAGAACAAGUUAUCCCUGCCCCUCGCCCCUUUGGAGAUGGACACCGUUUCGCUUUCCUUUACCGAACAUUGAAGUCACCGGAUCUAGAAUGCAUCUGUCGAUGA